AUGUGGACGAAGAAUGAAAGCAACACGAUGCCGGAUCGGACGAGGCACGGAUCAACAACGGCCGCGCGUCCCAUCGACACACUCCAGGACGGGCGUGACAAGUGGACGACUGGAGCGAUAAGCACCGUCAACCUACUAACGCAAGCGAAACCGCACAUGACCAUCACCCAGGCGUAUGCUCCAAAUUCAGACCACGAUGAUGAGGAAGUCGAAGGGUUUCACGAAUCUAUAGAAUUCAUUAUAGCGGAUGUUCACAAGAAAAAUACCAUCAUUGUACAAGGGGAUUGGAAUAGCAAAUUAGUUUAUUGCGUCCUCUAUUCUCAUAUUCCUUCUUUCUUUCUUUUUUCCUUCUUUCGUUCUUUUUUCCUUCUUUCGACUUUUUGUUCAUUCGUUCUUUCCUUCUUUCGUUCGUUCUUUCCUUCUUUCGUUCUUUUUCCCUUCUUUCCUUCUUUCGUUCUUUCGUUCUUUCUUUCGUUCUUUCGUUCGUUCUUUCCUUCUUUCGUUCGUUCUUUUCUUCUUUCCUUCUUUCGUUCGUUCAUUCCAUCUUUCUUUCCUUCUUUCGUUCGUUUUUCCCUUCUUUCCUUCUUUCUUUCUUUCUUUCGUUCGUUAUUUCCUUCUUUCAUUCGAUAUUUCUUUCUUUCGUCUUUUUGUUCGUUCGUUCUUUUCUUCUUUUCCUUCUUUCAUUCGAUUUCUUUUCUUUCUUUCUUUCUUUUUUUCUUUCGUUCGUUCUUCCCAUCUUUUUUCUUCUUUUUCCUUCGCUCGUUCUUUCCAUCUUUCUUUUUCUUUCUUUCCUUCUUUCGUUUUCUUUUCUUCUUUUCUUUCUUUCUUUCGUUUUUUUUCCUUUUUCCUUCUUUCAUUCUUUUCUUUCUUUCUUUCUUUCCUUCUUUCUUUCGUUUUUCCUUCUUUUUCGUUCGUUCUUUCCUUCUUUCUUUCCUUCUUUCUUUUUCUUUCGUCUUUCUUUCCUUUUUUUUCCUUCUUUCGUUCGUUCUUUCCUUCUUUUCUUUUCUUUCUUUCUUUUUCUUUUUUUUCCUUCUUUCGUUCGUUAUUUCCUUCUUUCUUUCCUUCUUUCUUUCCUUCUUUCGUUCGUUCUUUCCUUCUUUCUUUCCUUCUUUCCUUCUUUCUUUCCUUCUUUCCUUCUUUCUUUCCUUCUUUCUUUCCUUCUUUCGUUCAUUCUUAUUAUCUUUACUUUCUCUUUUCGCCAUGAUACAUAUUUUACUUUCGUCUUUUGAUAAAUUGUGUAUCUAUCUAUCUAUCUAUCUAUCUAUCUAUCUAUCUAUCUAUCUAUCUAUCGAUAGAUAG